GGAGUGACACCGGGACCCCCCGGUGCCACCGAGGCUCCUCCCGGGGGCGGUCCCCGCCCCUGCCGGUGCCACCCGAGGGUGACAGAGGCACGCGCGGAGCCGGGACCGGUGACAAGGGCGGGGAGGGGACGGGGACAGCGACACCGCAGCCCCGGGGACACUUCGCGACCCCCCGGGGGACACCCCAGGGCCACCAUGGGCCAGCGGGUGGCGACCCCCGCCCCGCCGGGCCACGUCCCGCCCGGAGCAGAGGAGCGCUCCGCCCGCGCCACCGUUGUCGCCUGGCGCCGGUACCGCCAGACCUGCGAGCUGCAGCUGCGCCUGACCCCGCCCGCGCCAGGACCCGUCUGCAACCGCACCUUCGACCUGUACGCGUGUUGGGGGGACGCUGUCCCCAACAGCACCGCCACUGUCCCCUGCCCCUGGUACCUGCCCUGGUACCACCGAGUGCAGGGCGGGGUGGUGGCGCGGCGCUGCGGCCACGACGCGCGGUGGGUGACAGACGACAGCGGCAGGACAUGGCAGGACAAUUCCCAGUGCGAGGACCUGGCGGAGAUACAGCCCCUGGAGCGCCAGGUGUGGCUGCUGGAGCAGUUCCGCCUCCUCUACACCGUGGGGUACUCACUGUCCCUCGUGGCGCUGCUGGUGGCACUGCUGCUGCUGCUGCUGCUCAGGCGGCUGCGCUGCACACGGAACCUGAUCCACGCCAACCUGUUCGCGUCCUUCGCGCUGCGCGCCGGCGCCAUCCUCACGCGGGACGCGCUCCUGCCCCACGGCCACGGCCACCCCCUGCAGCUGCUGGGCCGGCAGGCGGGCCCCGCGUGCCGCGUGGCGCAGAGCGUGGCGCAGUACUGCGUGGGCGCCAACUACGCCUGGGCCACGGCUGAGGGGCUGUUCCUGCUGCGGCUGCUGCUGGCGGCGAGCCCGGCCCGGGGCUGCCUGCCCGGGUACCUGCUGCUGGGCUGGGGUGUCCCCGUGCUCUUCGUGGUGCCCUGGGUGGUGCUGCGCCACCUGUACGACAACGAGGGGUGUUGGGAGCGCAAUGACAAGGUGGCCGUGUGGUGGCUGAUCCGCUGUCCCAUCCUGGUGGCGGUCACGGUGAACUUCGUGGUGUUCGUGCGGAUCCUGCGGAUCCUGGUGGCCAAGGUGCGCGCGCGGCAGGUGGCCCGCGGGGACACGCGGCUCAGGCUGGCGCGCUCCACGCUGACGCUGAUCCCCCUUCUGGGGGUGCACGAGGUGAUUUUCGCCCUGGCCGGGGAGGCGGAGGCGGGCGGGGGCAGCCUGAGGCUGGCGCGGCUCUGCCUGCACCUGCUGCUCACCUCGGCACAGGGCCUGGUGGUCAGCGUCCUCUACUGCUUCACCAACAAGGAGGUGCAGGCCGAGCUGCGGCGGGGGUGGCAGCGCUGCCGCCUGGGGGUCACCGGUGUCGCCCCCCGGGACCCCCCGAGGCGGGGACAACGGGCGGCGGUGGAGAGCGGCUGCUGAGGGGGGCGGGGGGCA